AUGAUCAUAGCACUUUUUAUAUAUCCAUUUGUCCUUGGGAUGGAGACCUGUAGGUUUUUGAAGUAUUUCAGUGAUGAACAGGGAAUAAAAAUGGCUGAGCAAAUAGUCGAUGAUUACAAUGAGGCUGAGGGAGAGUUUGGGACCAAGGCAAUGACCUUUGAUCAUAUAUUCCAUGGUGGAAGUAGAAUGGACAUUUUUCAGUACAAGAUUGGAGAAGAAUUGGUUGCAUCAGUUUUCUUGUGCAGAACCACAUUCUAUGGAAUGGUGGAUGGAAAUAUUGUCAACAGAAGCGCUGUUUUUGUGUAUACGAUGUAUGUUUCAAAAAAACAUAGAGGAAGAGGAUAUUCAAAAAGAAUUCUGAGGGAUUCCACAGACUCCCUGAACAGUCACUACGGGAUGAAUGGGGACUUUCUUUUAGUUCUACAUCUGAACCCAAGAGAUAAGAGCAUGGAGCUUGCAUUUUCUAUAUACUAUAACCUUAACUUCAGGAACGGAGGACUAACAAUGAUAGGCCCUGGUGAGAAGCAAUAUUUCUUAGAGGAGCUUCUUGAUUACCGAAACCCUUGCGACGUAAUUGAUGAAUAUGAUGAAGAAAGAGAUAGGGGAAUGUAUAUGGUGAUGUUCUGUGAGUAUUCGAAGCUCUUCAUAUGUGAGAAAGAGCGGUACAGCAAGCUGAUGAGUUAUGGAUCAAGAUUAAGAAGUAUCCUGCAAAAGGGUAGGCUACAAGAGUCUUCUUCAUCGAUGUUAUAA